GGGAGCAGAGCGCUGCUUUGAGUUGCGCGCUGUCGGGUCUCUGCCGCAGGCGGUCUCCGGUGCUGAGGGCGGUGCUCAGCGCCCCAGGCCGGCAGGAUGCGGGUGGCUGUGGCCGGCUGCUGCCAUGGCGAGCUGGACAAGAUCUACGAGACGCUGGCACUGGCCGAGCGGCGUGGCCCUGGGCCCGUGGACCUCCUUCUGUGCUGUGGCGACUUCCAGGCUGUGCGCAACGAGGCCGACCUGCGCUGCAUGGCUGUGCCCCCCAAGUACCGCCACAUGCAGACCUUCUACAGGUAUUACUCUGGAGAGAAGAAGGCCCCAGUUCUUACAGUCUUCAUUGGCGGAAACCAUGAAGCCUCAAAUCAUUUGCAAGAGUUACCCUAUGGUGGCUGGGUGGCACCAAACAUUUAUUAUUUAGGUUUGGCUGGUGUGGUAAAAUACCGAGGUGUAAGGAUUGGUGGAAUCUCUGGUAUCUUUAAAUCUCAUGACUAUCGAAAAGGUCAUUUUGAGUACCCCCCUUAUAACCCAUCUACAAUAAGAAGUAUAUAUCAUGUGAGAAAUAUUGAAGUCUAUAAAUUAAAACAGCUGAAGCAGCCUAUAGAUAUAUUCUUAUCUCAUGACUGGCCAAGAAGUAUUUAUCAUUAUGGAAAUAAGAAGCAACUUCUUAAGACCAAAUCUUUUUUCCGACAAGAAGUGGAAAAUAACACAUUAGGAAGUCCCGCUGCUUCGGAGCUUUUAGAGCACCUAAAACCUACUUACUGGUUUUCUGCACACCUUCACGUGAAAUUUGCAGCCUUGAUGCAGCAUCAGGCUGCAGAAAAAGGACAGACUGCCAAAGCAACCAAAUUUUUAGCCUUGGACAAGUGCUUACCACACAGAGACUUUCUUCAGGUAUUAGAAAUAGAACAUGACCCCAGUGCUCCUGAUUACUUGGAGUAUGAUAUUGAAUGGCUCACUAUUCUCAAGGCUACUAACAAUCUUAUUAAUGUGACUGGAAGCCUAUGGAAUAUGCCUGAAAAUAAUGGUCUGCAUACAAAGUGGGACUAUAGUGCAACAGAAGAAGCUAUGAAGGAAGUAUUGGAAAAACUGAAUCAUGACCUCAGAGUUCCAUGUAACUUUAGUGUAACAGCUGCUUGUUAUGACCCUAACAAGCCACAAACACAAAUGCAGCUGGUUCAUAGGAUCAAUCCUCAGACUACUGAGUUUUGUGCCCAGCUUGGCAUCACAGACAUUAACGUCAGCCUCCAGAAGGCCAAGGAAGAACAUCAUUUAUGUGGUGAAUAUGAAGAGCAGGAUGAUGUAGAGAGUAAUGACUCUGGAGGGGACCGGAGUGAAUACAAUACAGAUACAUCUGCCCUAUCCUCUAUCAAUCCAGAUGAAAUAAUGUUAGAUGAAGAGGAGGAAGAUGAUGAUAAUAUUGUAAGUGCACAUAGCGACUCGAACACACCAUCCAUAGAACCUUCUUCGAAUCAAGGUUCUGACUUUUCUGCAAGCUUCUCUGAUAUCAGGAUCUUGCCAGGUUCCAUGAUUGUAUCUUCUGAUGAUACAUCAGGUUCACCAACUGAUAGAGAAGGGAAACUUGAUGAGGCCGUGGAGUUGGAGAAUGAAAAGGACUUAACUGAGAUGCCAUUGAAGAGGCGGAGUGAUGAACAUGAACCUGAACAGAGAAAGAAGAUUAAGAGGAGGAAUCAGGCAAUCUAUGCUGCAAUAGAUGGUGAUGAUGAUGAUGAUGAUGAUGAUGCAUAAGACAAUUUACUUAGUACUACGUGUAGAUGUGUAAUUUUUGAGACCCUAUUUUUAGAGUUGAAUUUUUGAUUAAAGACUUUGUAAUAAUGAAAUUACAUAAGAGAAUUUUAGUUAGAUAUUGACUUUGUCUUAAGGCCUUUGUAUGUUUUGAAUAUAAACAUAUUAAAGUUUCAUAUAUUCAC